ACGUGACCAAUGAGCCACUUACACUACUACGCCAUAAAACUCGCUAAAAGUCAAGACACGAACGACUUGCCCCCCAGAUUUGGAGAACUAAUAGUCGGUCAAAUGACGGGGUUUCCUUGCCAGUGCAUCAAGGGCUUCCCAUCCUCCACGCAGAAUACAAGGCGAGUUCCCACGCACGGCGUCGAGAUGCGCGGACAACUCCUCCGGGCUGAAUAUUAAAAGGCAGGUUCUGCUGACACACAUCGUGCGCACUGACUGACUCCCUCGCCGGAUCCAAGACCCGCAUACUCGUCAUCUCCAUCUCCAUCUCCAUCUCCAUCUCCAUCUCCAUCGCCAUCUCCAUCUCCAUCUCCAUUCCCGCACGACUGACUGAGAAGGAGAGAGGCUGCUCUGGAUUCUCAGAAUGUUUUAGCGGUGCCAUGACUGACACGGUGUUGAGCAGCAGCUCGGAUCGCCGGGCGCCCAACGACGGGCAAAGACUCAUGCACGCUAGGGGCGAUUGGACCGUGCAGCCGGGCCCCGGUCCCGGUUCUGCUCCGGACCUGACAGAUGAGGAAAAAGAAAUGAUAAACGGUGUGAUUGCACGAGCUGAGAAAAUGGAAGCCAUGGAGCAAGAGAGGAUUGGGCGCUUAAUAAACCGCCUGGAUGACAUGAAGAAGACCGUGUGUGGUGACGGACUGUCUCGAUGUGUGCUGUGUGGGGAGCAGCUGGGCACACCUGGGGUCAGCUCGGUGGUGUGCGAGGACUGCAAAAAGAACAUGUGUACUAAGUGCGGUACCCAGUGCAAUAGCCGGCCCCGUGCUGUGUGGCUGUGCAAGAUCUGCAGGGAACAGCGAGAAGUGUGGAAAAGGUCUGGUGCCUGGUUCUUUAAAGGAUUUCCCAAACAAUUCCUUCCUGCACCCAUGCCAUUAUCCAAACCGAAAGACCAACGCGCCCUGGAAGCUGCCUCCAAACCCAGGCAGGAGGCAACGGCGCCUCAACAAGCUGGAGCAGAGCUCAAGGGCCGUGCCGGCUACCCACCUGUGGCCCCGAAGCCGUCGGCUGUGCGCGCGGCCACGGGCAGUGCUGGCCCUGAAGAGGCAGAGCAGGGAAGCCCGGUGGUGAUGAAGAGGACGGUGCCCGUUCAAAGCUCCAGACCGCAGCCCGUUGUGACGCCUUCUAUGGCUCCGCAGGGUCAGGUAGGACGCGAAGUCAGGCAGCCUGCUGCUUCCAGCGCUCCUCCUGCCCGACAUCAACCUCCGCCCGCGGGGGAUGAAGAGGAGGCCAAUGACUAUGACUCUGAUGAAGCCACCACUCUGGGCUCUCUGGAAUUCAGUCUGAUGUAUGAUCAGGAAAGCAACAGCCUCCAUUGCAGCAUCCUCAAAGCAAAGGGCUUGAAACCUAUGGAUUCAAAUGGACUUGCCGAUCCUUAUGUCAAGCUUCAUCUGCUGCCAGGGGCUAGCAAGUCAACAAAGCUGCGCACAAAGACCUUGAGGAACACCCGCAACCCUGCGUGGAAUGAGACACUCACCUACCACGGCCUGACGGAUGAUGACAUGCAGCGCAAGACCCUCAGGCUGUCUGUCUGCGACGAGGACAAAUUUGGGCACAAUGAGUUUAUCGGCGAGACCCGAGUGGCGCUGAAGAAACUGAAGAUGAAUCAGAAGAAAAACUUUAACGUGUUUCUGGAGAGAGUUGUUCCAACAAAGAGAACAGCGACAGCCGGUGGCGCUCGAGGCAUUGCGCUCUACGAAGAUGAGUCUGCAAAAGAUGGCGGAGAGGUAGAGGAACGUGGUCGCAUUCUCAUCUCCCUCAUGUACAACACCCAGCUGAACCGCCUCCUCGUCGGUGUGGUGCGCUGUGUUCAUUUGGCUGCCAUGGAUGCCAAUGGCUAUUCUGACCCUUAUGUCAAAAUAGUUCUGAAACCGGACAUGGGGAAGAAGGGCAAGUGCAAAACUCAGAUCAAGAAAAGGACUUUAAAUCCAGAGUUCAAUGAGGAAUUCAGCUUUGAUAUUAAACACAGCGAACUGGCUAAGAAGACUUUAGAUGUCUCUGUGUGGGAUUAUGAUAUUGGGAAAUCCAAUGACUACAUUGGUGGCUGUCAGCUGGGCAUCACUGCCAAAGGAGAGAGGCUAAAACACUGGUAUGAGUGUUUGAAGAACAAAGACAAGAGAAUUGAGCGCUGGCACACCUUGAUGAAUGAGAAUCACACCACGAGUGAUUAACCGCCUGUUACACACACAGCAUGAGCGAAAACGUCCCCCACCCUGUUGAUCUGCACCUUUUUUCCUUCCUGUGCACCUUUUAUAUAUAUAUAUAUAUAUAUAUGUUUUAUUAUGCGUUAUUUCACCACCUGACAGAGGCACUGCUCUCAAGGCUCCUCCUCUUUCCUUUUCUUUUCUUUUCUUUACCUGUGCUGAUCUGCCACCGAGCCAUCGACUAUAUAGACAAAAGUAUCCAGACACGCUUCUCAAUCAAUUAAUGAAUCGAUCAGGAGUUGGGCUAAAUCUCUUACAUCGUCGCAUCUCCCUCAAUUGAAAUGCUCAUUUUACCAGAACUUCUAGACAAUUCUUUACUUCCAACUUUGUGCAAACUGUUUGGGAAAGGCAGUUUUCUGUUCCAGCAAAGUCCAUAAAUACAUGGUUGGAUGGGUUUUGUGUGGUAUAACUUGCACCGAACCCCAACCUCAAUCCCGUCAAACACUUUUGGGAACAGAGAUAGCGAGCCAUCAGGCUUUCUCUCACGUCAAACAUUAGUCAUCUCUGACCUCGCAGAUGUUCUUUUGGGAGGAAUGGACAAAAGAAUCUUCUGAAAACACACUCCAAUCUUACCCGAAAAGUGAAAGUUGUUCUAACUUCAAAGUGGAAACCAAUUAUAUAUUUUUUCAUUUUCACUUAGGUGCUGUGAUCAUGCAACCAUAUACCUUUUUAUGUAUAGUGUGCAAUGGUUAACAUAAAGGCUAUUCAUUUGUUAAAAACAAAACUCCAGGGUAAAAAGAAAAAAAGGAAAAUCUCAGUCCACACAUGUGGCCUUUGUUCCCCCUAAAAUGCUUUUGCUGGCAGUGAAGUGCAUGCCAAAUAAACAGGUGCCGCUAUAGCCCCAAACUAUAUGUCCUUAAGCCAAGCAAAAGCACGGAAAAUCGAGCAAAAAGGGGAGUCCUACACGUGGUCUCACAGUGGAGCAAAAGUCCAUUUUCAGUGACCGACUGUACAAUGUAGAUGAAAUACCGUCGAUUCUGGAAAAACGCCUGCGGUCGUGUGGACUUAGCCAGCGAUUUUGUUCAUGUACUCGAGACAAACCGUUGCACAAUUGUACAGUGUUACGCUGAGCCUGAGACAUUGUUGCUUCAUAGGCGUUGGGGGGGGGGGAAAGCAAUAUGUUGUAGCACCCGAGCUCACAAUCAUUACCGAGGCGUCUAAAAGCGGAGAACUCAUGCCUAAACAUUCUUGCGUAUUCCUUUUGAGAUCUGGUGCGAUGAUGUCACACACCCGAGUAUAACACUUGAACUAUACGAGCAUGCCAAACCGCUGACAUGUAAGACAAUACUUAACAUAAUGUAUAUAACCAUGAAGAAAUGUUUACAUACUGAUACAUUGCUCAGGUUAGGAUAGGAUAGAAAUAUGAUAUAUAGAUGCCUCCUAAGUAUUUGGAUCUUUCACCGAUUGAUGUUAAUUUGUGAUUUGAUUAGAGCACAUGAAGAUAAAUAUUAGGUGUAUAUGUUAUUUAAUCUGUGAAAUUUAAGUUUGUGGUAAUUAACACUCGGACAGCUUUUCUAUGUUUUAAACUGAAUGCGCACGAGCGUUCGCUCCUUAGCAAAUGAGUCGGGAAGAAAAGUGCUUUUUGUUGUUGUUUUGUUUUGUUUUGUUUUUGUCAUAAGUGUGCAGCCUUACCUGCAUGCACUGUGUUUGUGACUCUCAUGUGCCUGCGGCAGUCGUGGCCCACUCUUACCGUACACAUUUGCACAAUGCGGGCUUAUUCUGCCACUCCCUCCCAAUUCAUGGCUUUGGCGCGUAAUCAAUAAUCACAGCAAACCGAGCAAAGCACACCUUACAAAGUGGAAUGACCUCAACUUAUACAGCUGUUUGCAAGUUAUUCCAAGUACAAAACCAAGAAAUUCUAUGCAUGACGUUUAUUGUGGUACAAGACAUAUACGGUAUACAAAUCUAUAUAAAGAUACGGUAUGUGUACAGUAUCUGUACAUAUAGUCAUAUACUUUGUGAGAAUAAUGACACAAUUCUAUUCAUGUUUACAUCUCUUUCCUAGUCAUAUACAAGAGGCCAUAUUCUGCAUGACUGUGGCAUAAUUUCACUAAACUGCUAAACUAAUUUGAUGAGUAUAUAAUCACAUGGCUCUUAACAGGUAACAGUAGCAGAUUUAAGAGAGUCCUGUCGUUCAUCACUGUCUUGUUGUCUCUGCGCCACAUCUCGGCCUCCCUGUGGCAGUGUGCAAAGGACCUGCCAGUAGCAUCUUGUACAUGUUUCUAUUUUGUGCUGCUUUGGCCGUUGAGGUCAUCGCGAGAUCGACGCAAAUCAUGUUUGAUUGAUUGUUUACUUUAAUAAAACAGGCAGCUCUCAGAGCAUUCUGCCAAUCUUGAUCUGUUGUAAAUAGAGUAGUGCAUGCACUGGGAACAUGUAUGUUUGCACACUAUGUUGCAUGUAAAGAUUUUGCACAGUUAACA